AUGCUAAUCCAGUCUUGGGUGGUGCCACUUUGUUUGCUGCCGGUUCUUCCGCUUAUAGCAGCGCAAGGUCAGCAAGCACGUAUCGUAUGCUACUUUAGCAAUUGGGCAAUAUACAGGCCCGACGUGGGACGCUACACAAUUGAAGACAUCCCGGCGGGAAUGUGCACACAUUUCGUCUACUCUUUCAUCGGAGUAGAUGACAGUAACUAUAAGGUGCUGAUCAUUGAUCCUGAGCUGGACUUGGAACAAAAUGGGUUCCGAAACUUCACCGACCUGCGACAGAAGCAUCCUGCAGCCAAAUACCAAAUCGCCGUUGGUGGCUGGGCGGAGGGCGGCAAAAAGUACUCCGAAAUGGUUGCCGUGAAAGAGCGUCGGCAGUCGUUUAUCGAAAGUGUUGUGCAGUUCAUGAAAGUCUAUAACUUUGACGGUUUCGAUCUGGAUUGGGAAUACCCCGGAGCGGCGGAUCGUGGUGGCAGUUUUGGCGAUAAAGACAAGUUUUUCUACUUCGUGGAAGAAUUGCGACGAGCCUUCGACAGCGAAGGACGUGGCUGGGAGAUCACGAUGGCAGUUCCGGUAGCGAAUUUCCGCCUGCAGGAGGGUUAUCAUGUACCAGAGUUGUGUGAAAAUUUGGACGCAAUCCACUGUAUGACGUAUGACUUGCGUGGCAACUGGGCUGGGUUUGCAGAUGUACACAGCCCGCUGUAUAAAAGGCCACACGAUCAAUGGGCAUAUGAGAAACUAAAUGUGAAUGAUGGAGUUCAGCUAUGGGUCAAUUAUGGAUGUCCUCCCAACAAGCUAGUGGUUGGUGUUCCUUUUUACGGCAGAACAUUCACUCUUAGUGCUAGUACAACGAACCCGACACUCGGGUCAUAUAUCAACAAAGAAGCCGGAGGGGGUUCUCCCGGGCCUUACACCAACGCUACUGGCUUCCUGGCUUAUUACGAGAUAUGCACUGAGGUGCAGGACGAGGACAAAGGAUGGACGAAACAAUGGGACGAUGUUGGCCUUUGUCCGUAUGCCUACAAAGGGACCCAGUUUGUCGGGUACGAAGAUGUCGAAUCCUUGCAGCACAAGAUGAACUGGAUUAAGGAGAAGGGCUACGGAGGAGCGAUGACCUGGGCCAUUGAUAUGGACGAUUUUCAUGGCUUGUGCGGACCUGAGAAUGCGCUAAUGAAGGUACUGUACGACAGUAUGAAAGACUAUGUCGUACCCGAACCCACUGUUACUACUACUCCUAGGCCGGAAUGGAAUCGACCACCAUCCACAAUGGCAUCGGAGGGCGAUGAGCCAUCGCAACAUGUUACGACUACAACGACACGUCGUCCUAGACCAGCCACUAGUGAGGCAACGACUACUAAGAAAACCACAAGUCGAAGUACGACGCGUAAACCGGCUACUAUUGUACCACCGGAAGAGGAACACUCUCAGGAACCGAUGGAACCCAUUCCCCCACCUGCGAAUGAGGAUGAGUCUGAGAUCGACUGUUCAGGAUACAAGGACUUUGUACCGUCGGCCGACUGCACCAAGUACUACCGCUGCGUACACGGGCAGCCGGUCGAGUUCACUUGCAAGCCUGGAACAGUAUUCCAUACGGCUUUGAAUGUUUGCGAUUGGCCGGAGAGUGCCGAUCGAGUCGAGUGUCGCAGCAAGGCGAAGUUAAUUAAUAAAUCCAUCAUCGACGUGGCCAAGCUACGAUCGUUCGCCCCGUUGGGUUCAGUUGCAUCCGAUCCCAGCGAUUCACGUGGUCGCAGUCACAUCGCUCUUCACUUUCGGAACCACCUUAACCGUGAAAUGUUUGUGAAAGGUACGGUGUUUUAUGUGCUUGUUUUGAUCAUGAUCGGUCAAAAUGGAGUGACGAUAGAAGCCAAGCAGAGGCUAAUUUGCCAUUACACCACCUGGUCGCAAGGCCGGGCUGAUCCGUACUCCUACCGGGUCGAAGAUAUCCCCGGGGAACUAUGUACACACGUAGUGUACAACUUUGUCGGGGUGGACGUCGAAGAAUACGAGCUGACCACGCUGCAACGAGAAAUCGACGUCGUACAGAAUGGGUUCGGUCGAUUCAUAGACCUCAAGCAACGCUUUCCAGACCUAAAGCUUCAUGUUGCCGUCGGUGGAUGGGAUCACGGUGGUGCUCCAUUCAGUAAGAUGGCCGCGUAUCGAAGCCGUCGGCAGAAGUUCGUGGCCAGUGUGGUAAAGUUUAUGACGAGGUACGGCUUUGAUGGACUGGAAAUUGUCUGGCUUUACCCUGGCAGUGUUGAGCGCGGCGGCAGUCAGAAUGAUAAGGAUAACUUCUACUAUCUCAUCGACGAUCUGAAACGAGCCUUCGACCGGGAAGAAAAACCUUGGGAAGUGGCUAUACAAGUGCCUGCUGACCAUACGAGAUUUGAAAUUGGCUAUCAACAGGACGCACUCUGCGAAGUUGCUGAUUACAUACAUAUUGCGGGGUACGAUUUGCGAGGUUCAUGGACCGGAUUUGCUGAUGUCCAUAGUCCAAUGAAAAAUCGGCCUCACGAUCAAGGAAAUUACAACGGACUUAAUGUGCAAGAUGGUGUACAGUCGUGGUUGAAUAAGGGUUGCCGCCCCGAAAACGUGAUUCUCGGUGUUCCGUUCCUAGGGCGUACAUAUGUGCUUCGAAGCAGUCAACAAAAUGCCCUAGGAUCGCCAUCCAACGGGCCAGGGCCCAAGGGACCCCAUACGUACAGCGAGGGCUAUAUGGGUUACUUUGAAAUUUGCCAAAAAUUAAAGGAACCCAAUUGGCGGCUGCGCUGGGAUUCUAUUGGUCUGUGCCCGUAUGCCUAUCGGGGUACCCAAUGGAUUGGGUAUGAAAAUGGAACGUCGUUGGAGGAAAAAUUAAGCUGGGUUACUAGCAAAGGCCUCGGAGGAAUUUAUGCCUUUUCACUCGAUUUGGAUGAUUAUCGCGGCAAAUGCGGAGAACCUUAUCCUUUGAUGAACACUCUUUACAAACUCAUUAAAAACCAAGCAAAACCAGAUGACGAUUUCGACUGGGCAAUUCAUAGAGAAAUCAAAGGCAACCGAACCGCCAAUGGUUGACUUUCAGUUCAGCUGUAGAUUGGUAUCAUUAGACAACUGAAAUAACCAUAAUGAAGCAGAAAGAAGAAGAAAUGCCUGUGAAUUGAAAGUUGUUGUGCAUUUAGAUUAAGUGAUAUAAAAAAGCGAAAGAUGUUUGUAAGCUUCAUGCAGUUAUAGAUACAAAAAUCAACUAUAAAGUAAAAGUGGGAAGCUUUGUUGAAAGUUCAUUGAAGUUUUCAAACACAAAAUAAUUAUUGAACUGAAGGAAAAUCUAUUGAAGCAUUGAACAAGCAUGUACCUUUACAACCCUUUUAUAUCCUUCGGAAAGGACACAACGAUAGCGAUGCAAGAACGGCCGACUUAUCGAGUUUGCGUUGGCGCUGGACCGAGAGCACAGGGCUUUAGCGGUUGUAGCUGCCAAAUAAUGAAAUGGAUCGUGUAGAUUGUAACAGUUUG